AUGAAGUCAAAGCGGAGACACGCUGCUCUUAAACUGUGGGACCGGCGGAGAAAUGGUGACGCAGCUUCAGACCUCCGGCUCCUGAUUGAGAGGGCCGCCCUCUGCUUCUCUGCUGGAAACCUCUUCUCUGAUUGUGGCAGAGGGAAAACCGGAGGAAAAGCCAGAGCUAAGGCAAAGACCCGCUCCUCUCGUGCUGGGCUCCAGUUCCCAGUCGGUCGUGUUCACAGGCUGCUGCGUAAAGGGAACUACGCGCAGCGGGUCGGUGCCGGCGCCCCCGUCUACCUGGCGGCGGUGCUGGAGUACCUGACCGCUGAGAUCCUGGAGUUGGCUGGAAACGCUGCUCGCGACAACAAGAAGACUCGUAUCAUCCCCCGUCACCUGCAGCUGGCUGUCCGCAACGACGAGGAGCUCAACAAACUGCUGGGCGGAGUGACCAUCGCUCAGGGCGGCGUGCUGCCCAACAUCCAGGCGGUCCUGCUGCCCAAGAAGACCGAGAAGGCCGCCAAGUCCAAGUAAACAUGGAGACUCUCUGUCUGCUGGAACCAGCACCAAAAAGGCUCUUUUAAGAGCCAAACACUCAUCUGAUAAAGAUCUCGGUUUCUUCUCUCCCUGCACACACAAAUGUACUGUUUUUUUGUUUGUUUUAAUUAACAUGUAAGCGA